AUGUCCCCGUCAAACAGCAGCAGAGACACCCCAGACCCCAAGCGAGAGAGGAGUAGGAUCGCUCAACGCGAAUAUCGCAAACGGCAUGCGUCCAAGUUUUCUACUCUCAAGGAUGAGAAUCGGAAACUUCGGAAUGCCAUCAAGAAGAUUGAUCAGGUAGCUUCGCGGCGUGCACGCCAUGAUAAAGACCUUCAGGCUGCGUUGGCAGAGGCAAGAGAGGUCGCGGGCAUUGAGGAGGAUGAUAGCAGCGCUCUGACACGAGUGCUCUCUCCAUCACAAAGAACCAUCUCCCCUGCAAGACAGGCAUCGACGGGGGUCAUGUUUACUGCUCAGCCGGCCUUCUUCAGCGUCGCAAAUGGUAGAAACCACCUAAACGUGCAAUCUCUUGGGCUGCCGCAGCAAGUAUGGCUCGACACGGACCGUUUGGUGCGCAUCUACGAGGCUCCUAUGGAUGCGGCGCAGUAUCUCGGGGAUAACCUCUUGACCUUUGCAGGGGCGUUGUACUGGGCCUGCACGAAGAAUACGGUUUCUCUUUGGCAGGCGAAACAGCUGGCCUUGAUGGGAAAGGCGGCACGCCCUGAGUCAAACCUUGACCGGUUAUUCAACCACUCCAAGCAUCUCCGCGAUCAUGACUUUUUGGUGUCUCUGGCGCUUGCAAGGUUAGAGUACCACCAAAAGGGUUAUACUCACCUUCCGCCUACAGCGACUCAGGCGCAAUGGGACCAAGUCGUCCCAGAUCUAUCCAAGAAGAUUGAACGGGACUAUGCCGAAAGGGGAGAGACUCUGGAGUGGUGGAAGACACCCCGUGAAGUCGAGCAAUUCGUGAAGCGCCACCUAGAACCCGAAGAAGUCGUCGAGCUGCAAGCAUUGAUUGAAGGUCGGGGAACAGGGGCUUCGCUUGCCAAGUAUACACCCUUGGUUGAAGCGCUGGUGCAGAGUUUUGUGUGUUUUGGAGAUGGACCGCGGUGGAAUAUUCUCUGGGUGUCGAUGAUGGUGGGAGGCUGGCGGACACAUCAAGAGGAUGAGGCUCGGGCUCGAGCUCAGCAGUCUCAGGCGCAGACUGCGGAUUAGUUAUUGGUUACAAGAAAAAUUAUAUAUAGCGUGCGUGAUUAUGGGGA